AUGUACUAUAAGUCAGUAAUUGCUGCGCCAGUGGUAGCUCUGAUUUUCUCAGGGAAUCAACGUUGUCUCCAGUCACCAUGCCCGUUCAUUCUCACCGUGUGCACUGAGGCAGCUGGGAUCUGGGUACAGGUGCUGAUGGGCCUCAGCUCCAUGUCCAUCCGCUGGCCCGGCCGCUCUCUCGGAAGCCAUGCCUGGAUACUGAUAGCCAUGCUGCAGCUCGUGGUUGACUUCCCAUCCUGUGACUCACUAGGCCCCGGGCCCGAGUUCCGGCUCCUGUCACGCUCACAGAGACCCCAGCGGCUGUGGAGUCUGCGAAGUGGACCCCCAACAAGGCUACCAACACCAGCCUGGAGUCCCCGUGCCGCCCGGGCCGAACGAGCCCACGGGCCCAUACAGAUGCAGACUCCUCGUGCUCGGAGGGCCCACAGGCCCAGGGACCAGGUAGCCACCCUCGGACCCAAAGGGGGACUCACUAAGCCCCCAGCUGCCACCAGGUCGAGCCCUUCCCUCACCUCUGCAACAACUUCAUCCUCUAUGGUGACUGCAGGGGGUGCCGAGCAUCAGAGCCUCCUAAGACGAGGCAGGAGGCACACACACGAUGCUGAGUUCAACGAUUUCGACUUCCGUGGUGGCCGGCCCACGACAGAGACAGAAUUCAUAGCCUGGGGGCCCACGGGGGACGAGGACGCACUGGAAUCCAACACCUUCCCUGGUGGUUUUGGCCUCACCACGGUCUCUGUUCUGCAAACACGGAAGACAACUGUGGCCACCACCACCACCACCACCACAGCCAGCACGGCCACCGCCAUGACACUGCAGACUAAGGGGGUCACCGAGUCCCUGGAUCCCUGGAAAAGGACCCCUGUUGGGGUUAGCACAACGGAGCCUUCCACUAGUCCCAGCAACAAUGGGAAAGACAUCCAGCCCCCCAGGAUCUUGGGGGAGACCUCAGGUCUGGCUGUGCAUCAGAUCAUCACCAUCACCGUCUCCCUCAUCAUGGUGAUUGCUGCGCUCAUCACAACUCUUGUCUUAAAAAACUGUUGUGCCCCAAGCGGUCACACUCGGAGGAACAGCCACCAGCGGAAGAUGAAUCAGCAGGAGGAGAGUUGCCAGAACUUGACGGACUUCACCCCGGCCCGGGUGCCCAGCAGUGUGGAUAUCUUCACCGCCUAUAAUGAGACACUGCAGUGUUCCCACGAGUGUGUCAGGGCCUCCGUGCCGGUGUAUGCCGAUGAGACGCUGCACUCAACCGGGGAGUACAAGUCCACGUUCAAUGGAAACCGGUCCUCCUCUGCGGAUAGGCAUCUCAUCCCUGUGGCCUUUGUGUCUGAGAAAUGGUUUGAAAUCUCCUGCUGA